AUGCCUGGCAUUCCCCUGUUUCACCGCAUCCAAAGUGACAUGGUCUUCGCCCUCCUCUGUGAUCUGGUGGUGUUCUGCAACCUGGUCUACAUUGGAGUGGAGGUGGACUUUGGCGACAAUGCGGGGCUCAAGGAGCCUUUCUUCUGGUGCCGUGUCGGCUUCCUGAUAUGGUGCGGCCUGGAGUUCAGUAUCCGGAUUCUGGGCGCUGGGACGGACUUCCUCAGCCUGCGAAACCUUUGCGAGAUGAUCUUCGUCUCGUGUGCCGCCCUGGACGUGCUGCUCUUCACGGAGCCGGGAUGGCUCUGGCGCUUCUCCGGCCUCCGGAGCUGGCGGAUGCUGCGAGUUUACCAGUUUGCACGCACCUCCACCAAGCUAAAGGAGCUCUCCCUGGUACUGGACAGCAUGAUCCGGUCCUCGAAGGCCCUGCUGUACUUGGCCGGCGUGAUGGGUGUCGUCUACUGGUCUGCGGGAGCCUGGGCACGAGGGAUCUUGACCAGCAACGGGACCCUGGAUGUCCUAGACGCGGACACCGUGGAUGAGUACUGGGGCCAGUCUCUGAAGGCAGCCUUCACCAUGUUUCAGCUCUCCACCAACGACGGCUGGGCUGCUUCGGUCGUGCGGCCGGUGCUGGACUUGGACGUCUUCGGCGGCCUGCUACUGUUGGUGUACACCUGGGUCACGUCCUACACCAUGAUCAGUUUAGGGAUCGGCGUGAUGGUUUGGGCCACCGUGGAGGAGGCUCGAAGUGGAGGAGACCAUGGUGCCUAUGUGAGGAACCUGGAGGACCGCGAAGCCAUCGGCGAGAUCCGCACGCACUUCGAGCAGCGCUCCGGCAGCCAUGUUUCAUGGGUGAUGGUCUUGAGUUUGGUGGUUGCCGUACAUGCUGGUGGUUCUACUGUAGGGCUGUCUGUGGUGGCAUUUCUUUUCGCACUGGGCGCCUGGGCACAAGGCAACUUCAUCGACUACCAGGAGUUGCGGGAUGCCAUGACCAUCCCAGAGAUUAUGGGGGCCAUUCGUCACCUGGAGCUUCCCGUGAGCGAUGCCCUGACGCUCUUUGAGCACGUGGAUGUCAUGCAGAGUGGCCGGAUCACCCUGGACGAACUGAUGGACAGCAUCAAGUCGCUCACCUCCAAGGCCACACCCUUCGACACCUGCUGCCUUACGGCACGCAUCGGCGGCACUGCCACCUUUACUACACGCUUGGUCACACGCACGGACAUCGUGGCGGUGACGCUGGAGGAGAUCCGAUCCAAACUGCGUUUGGGCAUCGACGAGCUGACUCGUGCGUCCAUCGAAGACGAGGAGCUGACGCAAGUUCCCGAGGUCUUCCUCCGGAAGUCGGGGCACAUCAACCAUUACAAGGAGAGCCGCAUGGUCCGCUACACGGGUUGA